UUCGAGUUUUAUGUCCGCUUUCGCCGUUAGGUAUUCCAUUAGAUGGUAUCCGAUGCCUACGCAUACUAGAUUUGCCCUACCAAGAAAGUGUAAUUUUAGUUUGAAAUUAACACGAUUAUUCAAGAGCAUCGAAUUAAAAGCUGCACAAAUGUUUUUCUCUUUCGUUUAAAAUGUGUAACCGCGACUGCCAGUCGGAGGUAUCCGCGAACAACGCUUAACAUAAACGAUUCAACGGGCUCAUAUUGUUCAUUCCAGCGGCGAACUACGCAUCGUGAGUCGUUGGAACAGCGUACGGCCUUUGCAUGCUAAAAAACCGUGUGUGGUUGCUCCAAAAACAAAUCAUGGACAAAAUCUGCGACGUUCGUAUUGUGGAUUGCCUUGAAUCUUCGUACAUAAAACCAUAUCGAAUGGAAUAUAAACAGAAUGGAAGACAACGCGUUUGGGACUUGUGUAAAGUGCAUGACAGUGUUGCCUGUAUCGUCUAUAAUUCAACGCGAGACCGACUCCUCUUUGUGACACAGUUUAGACCUGGGGUUUACAUGAACCGGUGUUCUUCGGUAAAUGGGGUGGUGGACACAGAUCGUUACCCGGGAAGCCUGGGAUUGACGUUGGAACUUUGUGCUGGCAUUACGGACAAAGAUAAAACGGUCGAACAGACCAUGCAAGAAGAACUUGAAGAGGAGAUUGGGUACCACGUUCCCCUUGAUCGUAUUCAAAAGGUAACCGCGUAUCGUUCCGGUGUGGGGACUCAGGGUUCAAAGCAGACAUUAUUUUAUGCCGUUGUCCGCGACGAAGACCGCACCUCGUCAGGGGGCGGCAAUGAUAGUGAAGGCGAGAUGAUACAGGUGAUCGAGAUGAGUCCAUCCGAAGCACAAAGUGUUCUUAUGGACGAAUCUAUUAUGCGCCCGCCCUCAUUACUGUUCGCCGUUCAGUGGUGGUUAGCUAACCACGCCAGUAAAUUCGCAGCCAAGGAAGCGGCUGACAAGUAAUCGAUGUUAAUAUGGAAAUUCGACCCGUGUAAACGACAGCCGACGAAUGAAAUAUGCGAACCAAUGUUAUAGAUCUAAUAGGGAAAGGUUGCUGGCAUGGGUAGAAGGAAAGCGAGGAGAACCGUAAUCAGAAAUAGUUUCUUAAACUCCAUUCCACUUUGAUUUGUCAACUUCAUUGGUAUAAUAUCUAUAUGGAUAUACGUAUAAUUAAAAAAACACAUCUUAUCGAAAGAUACGAAUUUAGGCAAUAAAGAAAUCAGCACUACAUUUAGCUCUGCCUGGAAAUACUGAAUCAUCGUAAAGCAAUUGUUUCAUUAAAGACCUAAUUAUCUGAAAGAACACUAAUCUGAAUACAAAUUGUUCCAUUUAUUGUUAAAUACGGUAGAAAAAAUGGCAGUUUUGCUUGCGUGUUUUCUGAAAAACCAAUUUCUGACUCAUAUGUGCUCAGAGUUUGGUGUUAAUUGAUUUAACAGAAGGCGAACGUGCCUGAAUAUUGCAAUAGUAUAUUUCAUUAAGAUUUAAGGGGCGCUGGUAUUGUUAUAUGGAAAAGUUUUCAUCGUUUCACGUCUGUAUAUAGCUAAUUAUAACGAUCAUGCUUUAGAAUUACUACGCAGGCCUUGAAUAGCUUAGAAGAAAUCUUGUGCUAUACAAAGGAAACGCUCCGGCUCGUUAAGCAAGUUACUUUUUAUUAUUUAAACUUUAACACAUUAUACAAUGAUAACAAAGUAUUAAGUAAAGGAAAAUCGGUCUAACAGGACAGUGACAUCAACGUCAGGAUCACGGUUCUACGUUACAGAAAUGGUUAGAAACAGAAAAUGAAAAGCAAAUAUAUUCGGAAUACGACUUAACCAUUGUUGUUCUGUAUAUGAACUACAUCAAAACGCAUGUAAAUGUAAUUAGAUAUUAGCGGGAUCGACCGAUGGGGCCACACGACGCUACUCAAGAGCGCGUUUGUGAACACGGAUGAAUAAAACUCAGUUAAUACAACCCCUAGGCUCGAUUUCAUCGACUACACGACCCGCGUUUAAGUUAUUAAAGGUGCGCAUGGCCGCUGCACAUGCACUGACUGAAAAAUAGAGAUAUCUUGUGAUAUACCUCUAUCUUUAGUUGUUUUGUAGUAUAACUGGGCUAUUUAAAGCAGUCAAAUUUUGGCUAGUCGAGUACGUAUUAGCGUAACUUUCCUAAAUGUGUACGUAUACAUAAAU